GGAGCGGCGGCGCGGCCAACACCCUCUCGCCUCCACCCCAUACCCACACCUCACCCGCCGCCAUGCCCGUGCCCAUCUCAUCGGCCACCGGCGUCCUGGCGCUGCUCGACGAGCCCGAGCCGGAGCUGCAGGCCUACGCGCUGCAGAAGCUCAACGAGCUCGUGCCGCACUUCUGGGCCGAGAUCGCAGAUGCCGUGUCCAAGAUCGAGAUUCUGUACGAAGACGCCUCCUUUCCCGCACGCAACCUCGCCGCGCUCGUCGCGUCCAAAGUGUACUGGAACCUUGGCGAGUUCGACGAGGCCCUUUCCUUUGCCCUCGGCGCAGAGAGUCUGUUCGACAUCGAGAAGAAGGACGAGUACACCGACACGGUCAUCUCCAAGGCCAUCGAUGCGUACAUCCUGCAGCGCUCCAGCAGCACCGCAUCCUCUCCCGAUGCACGUCUGGCUCGCAUCGUCGAGCAGAUGUUUGCGCGCUGCAUUGCCGAGCGCGAGUUCCGCCAGGGCCUCGGCAUUGCGCUCGAGACGCGCCGCCUGGAUGUGAUCGAGCAGAUCUUUGGCGUCGAGCGCGACAAGGCACUGCUGCAGUACACGCUCGAGGCGGUCAUGGGCUUUGUGACGAGCAUCGAGGUUCGCAACCAGGUGCUGCACCUCCUCGUCAAGCUCUUCCAGUCGCUGCCGUCGCCCGACCACUUCUCCAUCGCCCAGUGCUACGUGUACCUCGGCGCGCCGCAGCUGGCGUCGGCGCUGCUCUUUGAGCUCGUCAGCCGCGCCCACACCGACGCCUCGGCCUCGGCCAUGGCCAACACGGAGAACGACCCGCUGCUGGUGGCGUACCAGAUUGCAUUCGACCUCGCAGAGAGCGCCACGCAGGAGUUCCUCGAGACGGUGCGUGCCGACCUGCAGAGCAAGGCUGCUGCGGCACCGGGCGCCGCUGCGCCCAAGGCCGAGACGUCGACCGGCGAGGACUCGGACAUGGCCGCGCCGGCCGCGUCUGGCGCUGCCGAGGCCGAGGAGGGCACGCUGGCGGCGUGUCUCUCGCGCAUCCGCAGCAUCCUGCUCGGCGAGGAGUCGAUCCAGCUGUACCUGGACUUCCUGCAGCGCUCCAACCGCGCCGACCUGCCCAUCCUCAAGGCGACGAAGGAGGCGCUCGACGCGCGCAACAGCGUCUACCACUCGGCCAUGACGUUUGCCAACGCGUUCAUGAACGCCGGCACGACGAGCGACCGCUUCCUCCGCGACAAUCUCGACUGGCUGGCCAAGGCGAGCAACUGGAGCAAGUUCACCGCCACGGCCGCGCUCGGCGUGAUCAACAAGGGCAACCUCAAGGAGGGCAUCAGCAUCCUGCACCCGUACCUGCCGCAGGACGGGCGCGCCGGCAGCGUGUACAGCGAGGGCGGCUCGCUCUUCGCCCUCGGCCUCAUCCACGCCAACCACGGCAGCGAGGUGCUGGAGCUGCUGAAGAACACGCUCAAGAACAAUCCUGCCGAGAUCGUGCAGCACGGCGCGGCGCUGGGCCUCGGCGCCGCCGGCAUGGCGACGGGCAACGAGGAGGUGUACGAGGAGCUGCGCAACGUCCUCUACACGGACUCUGCCGUCGCCGGCGAGGCGGCCGGCUACGCCAUGGGCCUCGUCAUGCUCGGCACGGGCUCGGAGAAGGCCGUCGACGAGAUGCUGCAGUAUGCGCACGAGACGCAGCACGAGAAGAUCAUCCGCGGCCUGGCCAUUGGCCUGGCGCUCGUGUGGUACGGCAAGGAGGAGAAGGCCGAUGCCAUGAUCGACCAGCUCAUGGCCGACAAGGAUGCGAUCCUGCGCUACGGCGGCAUCCACGCCAUUGCCCUGGCAUACGCCGGCACGGGCAACAACAAGGCCGUGCGUCGUCUGCUGCACGUCGCCGUGUCGGACGUGGCCGACGACGUGCGCCGCGCGGCCGUCACGUCGCUGGGCUUCCUGCUCUUCCGCAACCCGACGCAGGUGCCGCGCAUCGUGCAGCUGCUCAGCGAGUCGUAUAACGCCCACGUGCGCUACGGCUCGACGCUGGCGCUGGGCAUUGCGUGCGCCGGCACGGGCCUCGACGAGGCCGUCGAGCUGCUGGAGCCGAUGCUCAAGGAUCCCGUCGACUUUGUCCGGCAGGGCGCCGCCAUCAGUCUGGCCAUGGUGCUGGUGCAGCAGAACGACGUGCUCAAUCCGCGCGUGGCAAAGGUGCGCGCCGCGUUUGAGAAGACGCUCGGCGACAAGCACGAGGAUGCCAUGGCCAAGUUCGGCGCCGCCCUGGCGCAAGGCAUCAUCGACGCGGGCGGCCGCAACGUCACGAUCGGCCUUCAGAGCCGCGGCGGCAGCAACAACAUGCCCGCCAUUGUCGGCAUGGCGCUCUUCACCCAGUUCUGGUACUGGUUCCCGCUGGCGCACUUUGCCUCGCUCGCCCUCACGCCGACGGCCAUCAUCGGCCUCGAUCGGCAACUGCGCACGCCGGCAUUCAGCUUUGCCAGCAAUGCGCGCCCCAGUCUCUUUGCCUACCCGACGCCGCUGAAGAAGGAGAGCGAGAAGAAGGUGGAGAAGGUCGAGACGGCCGUGCUCUCCACGACGGCCAAGGCGCAGGCGAGACAGCGCGUCAAGGAGCGCGAGAAGGCGAAGGAGGAGCAGGGCGACAUGGACGUCGACGACGUCAAGCCCGCUGCUGCUGUCAAGACCGAGGGCGACGGCGACGACUCGAUGAAGGUCGAUGCGCCCAAGGCACGCCGCACCAAGCCGGCCGAGGCGGCCUCGAGCCAGAUCUCCAACUACGCCCGCGUCACGCCCGUGCAGCUCAACUACAUCAGCUUCCCGGCCGACGGCCGCUGGCUGCCCGUGCGCGCCGUGCACGGCGCCAGCAGCGGCGGUGCCAGCUGGGACGUGCACAGCACGGCGGCCGUGGCGCCGCGCGGCAAGCUGGGCUUCCUUGGCAACGCCACGCCGGCGCCGGGAGCUAGCGGCACUGUGACGCCGGCCGACAAGAAGGCCGCUGCUGCUGCUUCGACUGCGGCACCUCGCGCUGCAGCUGCGUCGACGCCGACGAGCGGCCCGACGCCCGAGGCGGCCCGCGCUGCAGCCGCCGCUCGUGCCGGCUUCGGCGGCGGAGGCAUCCUGCUGCUGCGCGACAUGCGCCCAAACGAGGCCUUCGAGGCGCUGCAGCUGCACCCUGAUGGCGCUGCAGCGCCCGCGGCUGCCGCACAACAGCCGCAGCACCAGGUUGGCGGCAGCGAGAUCUCGCCCGAGGACGCGGCUGCGAUUGCGGCGGCCCUGGCCGGCGACGAUGAGGACGAUGAUGAUCAACAGACGGGAGUGCAGCACGGAAGCGGCAGCGGCCCGGCUGGCGGUGCUCAACCACCGCAGCCGCCCACUGGCGGCCCGACGGGGCACUAGGAGGGGAG